GUGGCCAUUGCAAGAUGCCCAAUAUUUGCGUUCACCAGUGCAUAUAUAAUAGAUCACUGAGUAUGAUAUUGCUCUCGAGUCAGCCAUGUUCUCUGCUGCAUCCUUGUUGACAAUUAUCCUCAUGGCUUUGUCCACUACGGGAUCGCCCGUGGAAGUCAGCAAUUCCCCCAUAACCCUCCCGAUUGCCAGGAGGCUAAGUGCCCUCAAUGGUACCAUUAACCUCUUGGAGCAGGAUAGAGCUCGCGCGGCUGCCCUCAGGCUCAAGGGCAACACCUUGAAGCACGGCGGCCAUGGCGUUCCUGUUGCUAACGUUGCUAUUGGAUACUACAUAGCAGUUGGGAUUGGCAGCCCCCCUACAACUUACGACUUGAUUGUCGACACUGGUACCUCGAAUACAUGGAUUGGCGCCAAAACACAGUACGUGGGGACCAGCACCAGCGUCUACACUGGUGCGCCUGUGACGGUCUUCUACGGUUCCGGAUCUGCCUACUUCUCUGGAAUUGAGUACUUGGACACCGUCACUUUCGGCAGUGGGCUCACUAUCCCUCAACAGUCGUUUGGUGUUGCUGCUACUACGUCGGGCACCUUCAACGGAGCUGACGGUAUCCUUGGCCUCGGGCCUAUAGACUUGACAGCGGGUACCCUGAUAAAUGAACCGGCAACGACGAUCCCGACUGUCACUGACAACCUGCAUAGCCAAGGCACCAUUCAUCGUGAGGUUUUUAGUAUCUCUUUCGAGCCCAUCACUGUAGCCAAGGAAGUGGUUAAUGGAGAACUCACCUUCGGUGGAACUGUCCGUAACAAGCACGGUCCCAUCACGUACACUCCUAUCACUACCACCCAGCCUUCAUCGAGGUAUUGGGGUAUCGACCAGAGCAUUUCCUAUGGCUCCACAACGAUCUUGUCCUCCACUGCUGGUAUCGUCGAUGUUGACACCACCUUUAUUCUCAUUGCCACCGAUGCUUUCAACCAGUACCAGUCUUUAACCGGUGGUACUCUGGAUCCGGCGACUGGUCUUCUCCUCAUUUCCUCUGCUCAGUACGGAGCACUCGAGAACCUGAACUUCAAUAUUGGCAGCGAGACAUACACUCUUACCCCUAACGGCCAAAUCUGGCCUCGUAUUCUCAACACGUACAUUGGUGGCAGCAGCAAUGCCAUCUAUCUUGUCAUUCACGACAUUGGUACGCCUAGUGGCAAAGGGUUUGAUUUUGUCAAUGGGUACCCAUUUGCCGAGCGGUUCUACUGCGUGUUCGAUACCUCCCGCUCCCGCAUCGGUUUUGCCCAAACCCUGUAUACUGGUGCCACCACCAACUAAAAUGGAACUGCCCAAGUACACGAAGGAUCGUUUUCCAGACGCAAA